AUGCCGUGGGUCCAUAACCUGCAAGAUAGUGACUCCCACCGUGGUAUUCGACGAGUCAUUACAACAUGCGUGGUUCUUCCAACGAUUGCUCUUCUGGCAGUGUGUCUGCGCCUCGGAAUUCGAAUGAAUAGAAAACGGACUCUGUGGGUGGAUGAUUAUGCGGCGCUUAUCAGUGUGCUGUUGACGUGGACAUAUGCCGGGAUCUCGCUUGCACAAACGCGAUGGGGGCUCGGAUUGAAGAUGGAUCAUUUCCCGAGGGAAAAUGUGGUCGCUUUCAGCAAGGUUCAAUGGAUGGGGGGUCCGGUAUACACGCUCAACCUUCUGGCAUUCAAGGUCUCCCUGCUUGCCUCCUAUUAUCGAAUUGGAGGCUUUGUGGCUCUUUACAGGACUAUCAUUGUCAUUGCGAUUGCAAUAUGUGUGGUCACUCAACUGAUUUACACAUUUAUCAUAUGUCUCGCUUGCCAGCCAAUCGCGAGGCAGUGGGAUAUGUCCGUUGAAGGCAAAUGUAUCGAUACGGUUUCCUUCUAUUAUGCAAUUGCUGGAACAAAUCUCGCUUUUGAUAUUGCAAUAUUCAUUCUUCCUAUGCCAGUGUUGUGGAAACUCCAACUUCGACAAAAAGAAAAAAUCGUUCUGACGGGUCUUUUUGCUCUUGGGUUCUUCGUCACCAUUAUUCAAAUUGCGCGAAUCUUCCAAGUCAAAAAUUUGAAAGUUGUGACGGAUAGUGAGAAACUCAUUAUCUGGUCUGUCAUCGAAGUUAGCCUUGGGGUAUACCACUUCCACUCUAGCAGACUCGAUCAAAUACUGACGUUAAACAUCUCGAUCCAGGCAAUAAUUACAUGCAUCCCAACAUUUGGUCCUUUGUUCAAAAGUUUUGCAAGAACUGUCUCGUCGCAUCGCCAAAAUGGGACCGGACCUUCCUAUCCCCUCAACUCGAUGACCGGGGGCGUUUUCCAGAGCAAGAAUUCAGGCACCAACACAUCUGCCAUCUUUGGAUCUCGAACUGAGAAUACUGGAACAACGGUUCAUUCUGGAAGAGAAGGUGUCCAAUUGUCCCAUGGCACCGGAAGUCAGGAGCAUAUCCUUGGUGGGGAAGAGAGGACAAGAAUAUACAGGACAGUGGACUUCACCGUGGAGAAGAACUAG